UCAAGCACAGAGGCAGGAGCAGCUCUCCAGUGCACCCUCUCUGCUACACACACACUUGCACCCAUGGGGAGCCACCCCACCCCUGAGCUCCAGAGAACCACAUCAGCUGGCUACCGACAGCCCCUCACCAGGCCACCAGCCUCAAUGUCUGUAGCUCCCCAAGGUGGCCCUGUGGUGGGCAGGAGUCUUGCUGGUGGCUGUCCAGUACCCCGAGCCCCAAAGGCAAACAAGGGGCAGUGCAUGGCACAGGGGGCUGAGAGAACACAGCAGGACCAGCUGUGGAGGGAGCUCCUGGAGGCCGAGCAGCGGAGCCUGCAGCGCUGGGUUCAGAACUGGAGUUUCCUAAAGGACUAUGACCCGAUGGGCAAUAAGAAGGAGCCUGAGCCACUGCCAGACUAUGUGUCCCUCUUUUCGGACACAGUCCCCAAUUCCACCAAUCAGGUGGUGGGCAGCAGGGUGGACACGCCCCUGGGGAAGAUGCUCAUCGGCAUGGACUUCUCCUUCGUGGAAGGAGCCCGGAAGAAGAAGCUGGAAUGUGAGCUGCAGCCGAUCUAGGAGUGAGGGCGCUUGGCCAGUCUUCCCCGGGUCUGUGCGGAGGCUAGACUUGGUGCAAGUUCAGGUUGGGUCGGAGCUGAAAGGUCUUUCCUGAAGGUCUUGCCUUCUCCUGGACCCACCACCUCCUGAGACAUGUUCCUCUCGUG